AACAGAUUAAUGUGGCUUACCCUGGGAAGGCACAGGCUUAGAAGAAAAUACACAGCGGAGGACGCUUUUUGUUAUUAUUAUCAUUUGCCUCAGCACGUAUUUGUUAUUGUCCAGCUGUAUGGCAAUGCAGAAGAGGGCUCUGCUCAGGCUUCUAGUUGCGUGACAGUUGAUUUUAAUGGCUGUUCAGAGCAAGUUCUGGUUUCUUCUGUUAUGUUGCUCGAGUCCGUAAGGGUGGAUUUGAUAGAGUGUGAGUGAAAGAGUUAUUGUUUGCAGGGAAGUGGAUGGAUUUGGAUUUAUGGUGUGAGGUGUGUUGAAUAUGUUGUUUGGGGCGAAUUCUAGCCAGGUUGUUCUGAGGCUGUAGAAGACGCUGUCAUGGGAGUGUCUGAGAGGUCCUGGAUCCUUGGCUUGGCUAUAUUUAAGAUCUUAUUGCUACUGCUUUUGAUAGGAACAGUUGGUUGCCAAGCAGAAGGAGUUGGACUCCAAUGGCAAGUUUCUAGAACUGUUACUGAGACUGCUGAGUCACACUCAUGUAUUCAUGAUGACAUAUUGGAACAGAGACGCCGUUUGGGACGAAAAGAAUAUUCUGUGACUCCACAGAACUAUCAGGAUGGAUUUGUUUUUCCAGAACAUCAUAGGAAAGGUAGAAGCUUGCUGGACACUUCCAACCAGGAUUCUCAAUUGGAUACUGAUCGAAGGCAGCCAAUAAGAAUAUUUUUGAAUUAUGAUGCAGUAGGUCACUCUCCAGACAGAGAUUGUCGGAAUGUUGGAGAUAUUGUUAAGUUAGGUGAACCCCCAGCAAGCAUUAAUCCUGGUGUACCUCCCUGCAAUUCACAUUCUGAGCCUCCAGUUUUUGGUGACUGUUGGUACAACUGCACUGCUGAAGAUAUAUCUGGAGAGGACAAGAAGAAGCGGCUUCAUAAGGCUCUUGGUGAGACGGCAGCUUGGUUCAGAAGAGCUUUGGCCAUUGAACCUGUUAAAGGAAAUCUGCGUUUAAGUGGUUAUUCUGCGUGUGGUCAAGAUGGUGGGGUGCAAUUACCCCGUCAAUAUGUUGAUGAGGGUAUUGCGGGUGCAGAUUUGGUACUCUUGGUAACUACAAGGCCAACUACUGGGAAUACAUUAGCUUGGGCAGUGGCAUGUGAACGUGACCAAUGGGGCCGUGCUAUUGCAGGUCAUGUAAAUGUAGCACCUCGACACCUCACUGCCCAGUCAGAAACUUUACUUUCAGCAACACUAAUACAUGAGGUGAUGCACGUAUUGGGAUUUGAUCCUCAUGCAUUUACACAUUUUCGAGAUGAACGAAGACAAAGGCGCAGUCAGGUUGUCACUAAGUCCUUUGAUGCACAGCUUGGCCGAAUUGUGACCCGUGUUGUUCUUCCACGUGUUGUAAUGCAUUCAAGGUUGCACUAUGGGGCCUUCUCAAAAAAUUUUACAGGUCUUGAACUGGAAGAUGGAGGGGGAAGGGGCACAUCGGGAUCACACUGGGAGAAAAGACUUUUGAUGAAUGAAAUAAUGACUGGCUCUGUAGACACACGGUCUGUAGUUUCACCAAUGACACUUGCUUUGUUGGAGGACAGUGGGUGGUACCGGGCAAAUUAUAGCAUGGCAGAAGGAUUAGAUUGGGGCCGAAAUCAGGGAGUGGAUUUCAUUGUUGAGCCUUGCAAUCUCUGGAAGGGAGCCUAUCGCUGCAACUCAACACAUUCAUCAGGUUGUACCUACAACAGGGAAGCAGAAGGCUACUGCCCUAUUGUUAGCUACAGUAGUGAUUUACCCCCAUGGGCUCAGUACUUCCCGCAAGCUAACAAAGGUGGUCAGUCAUCCCUUGCAGACUAUUGUGCAUAUUUUGUUGCAUAUUCAGAUGGUUCAUGCACUGACACAAACAGUGCACGUGCACCUGAUAGGAUGCUGGGUGAGAUGCGGGGAUCUGAUUCCAGAUGUAUGCAAUCGUCAUUGGUUCGAUCAGGGUUUGUUCGAGGGACCUUAACACAAGGCAAUGGAUGUUACCAGCAUCGUUGUCGAAACAAAACUCUAGAGAUUGCUGUUGAUGGAGAAUGGAGAGCUUGUCUUGAAAAUGGUGGACCAAUCGAGUUUCCUGGUUUCAAUGGGGAGUUGAUUUGCCCUCCUUAUCAUGAACUUUGUCAUGACGUAGCUUUAGAUUUUCAUGGUCAAUGUUCCAAUUCAUGUAAUUUGAAUGGGGAUUGUAUUGACGGAAAGUGUGACUGUUUUCUUGGAUUUGAAGGAGGUGACUGUGCCACACGAAUUUGUCCCGCUGGUUGUAGUGGCCGUGGUAUGUGCACCUUAGCUGGCACUUGUGACUGUGAACCUGGUUAUACUGGAAUAGACUGCUCCACUGCUAGCUGUGAUGAGCAGUGCAGCCUGCAUGGUGGUGUUUGUGAUAAUGGAAUUUGCGAGUUUCGUUGCUCAGAUUAUGCAGGAUACACUUGUCAGAAUAGCAGUCUUUUGUUUUCUAGCUUGUCAAUGUGUGGGGAUGUGCUAGUCCAAGAGGCAGAAGGUCAACACUGUGCACCAAGUGAACCCAGUAUUUUGCAGCAGCUAGAAGCAGCUGUUGUAAUGCCAAAUUACAAUAGAUUGAUCCCUAGUAGCCGCACAUUGUUUGGUGUUUUAGAUAGCGGAUACUGUGCAGCAGCUGCUAAGCGCCUGGCUUGUUGGAUCUCCAUUCAAAGGUGUGAUCGAGAUGGAGAUAAUCGAUUACGAGUUUGUCAUUCUGCAUGCAAGUCAUACAAUGCAGCAUGUGGGGCUCGUCUGGAUUGUUCUGAUAGAACACUGUUCAGUAGUGAAGGUGAACAGGAAGGUUUUUGUACAGGCGAUGGUGGAAUUCGCCCUUUGUGGAUAGAGUAUUUUCGGACACUUUUAAUAUGUGGUCUACUAGUUGCAACAUCUUGCUUUCUCUGUGGAGUUAUUCGACAUGUUUGCCGAAAGUGUUUUGCAGCAGAAGAAAGAUUUCAUUUGCCUAGGCCAUAUGUAUUACUUGCUGGUGACCAAGUGCAAUAUUAUGCAUGGAAGAGAUUUUGUUCUCUGCAAUCGAUAACAAACUUUUUUGUGUACCAUGUUCCGAGGGUUCUUGGACAGAAAUUCAGAUACUUCCUCUUUGAAAACAUAUUUAUUGACUAUUUAAAAUUAAAGUGGCAAUCCUCAACGGAAAAGAAUGAGGGUGUCCUUCCACUGACAGGAAAUUGAAGGUGGGGACCGAUUGAACAAUCAGAAAAAAUCUUGUGCAGAUACAGCAUUGCAGCCCAUCAAAAAGCAGAUUGGGCGUGUGCUCCUUCAAAUGAUGUGAAUCAUGUAUUGUAUUUUUCAAAAAAAGAAAAGAAAAAGAAUUAUGACACUCUUGUAAAAAAAGUUCAGGAAGUUUUUUUGGUUUGA